AUGGCUUUCCAGAGCAGUGUUCUUAGAGAUGGCGAGUGGGUGACGCAGACAGUCAGUUUCCAAGAUGCUUUAAAGGCCUCUUCUUCUGUACCCAGAAUCACCUCCGACCUCCAUACCCAAAGGCCGGCUUGCGGCAUCCUUUCUAGAACUAUUAUAGAGAGCCCGGUUGUCCAUUGGGUUCUUCCGGUUUGGUUGCGGUCGCGCUCCCACAACGACCUUGCGUUUAUUGGGGAUCGUUUCGUACAAAUAAGUGAACUCCGUGAAGAUGGGCAAGUUCAUGAGGUUAUACGAAAAGCUGAUUUUGGCACGCGGAUUCGCAACGCAAUUGUCCUCGGGGCGCCGCCUGAUGGCACAUGUGUUGGUAUAACCAAGGUAGAAGACCCUGACGUUGCCAUGCAGGACGAUGCUAGAGCGUACCAAACCGAUGUACAUCAUACGUUACCACCACAACUACUGGUGCUGAUGCUCGAGACCGGAGAUGCGAUUUUCCUAUUUAUUCGAGAGCGCGCGGACGGUACGCUCGAAUUUGUGACAACAAAGUACGAGAGCCCUAAAAACCUACAAUUUCUUGGAUACCAUCUUUCUAUUGACCCGUCUUCUCGAUACAUGGCUGCCGGAUCUGCACAAGGGGCGUUUGUUAUUUACGAGUUAGAGUCACUUGCAGCCAUGGAUUCGCAAUUCCGAAAUCACGGAUCUUUUGACCCUGUCAAAUCGAUUCGAAUCCGGACGACACAGGGCGUCAUACAUAAGAUGGAAUUCUUGCAUCCACGACCCGAGGAUGACUAUCAUAUCAUCCUCCUUCUAAUUAUCAUCCGGCGUGAAGCCAGCAAGCAGGCCCAUGUCUCUCGCAUGGUAGUCUACGACUGGGAACUUGGUGAUGAGCUUACCGGCGUCUUUCGGUCAGAGAAGGGAACCCCUCUACCUAGAGAGCAUCGAAUGCCCCUGAUGAUCAUUCCACUGAAACUCAACACUGCCUUUUUUGCGGUCUCGGAAAACUGUAUUGGCAUUGUCAAAAAUGCAUUUACUGGACAAACGCUAUUCGACACUAUCGAGACUCACUCUCCCGGGCAAACCGACUUGCAUCAUGGAGCCUCUGAACCCCUCUGGACGGCUUGGUCAAGGCCAUUCAGACUUAGUUCAUGGCAGGAAAAGAUGGACACUAUCUACCUGGCUCGCGAAGAUGGUGUCAUUGCACACAUAGAAAUUGAUGCAAUGGCUCUGGUCCCUUCGGUGAUUAACGUUGGAACGAUCAAUACGAAUAUUACGACUGCUUUCGCUACGGCAUACGAUGUCUUUUCAGAUGUACUUGUGGUUGGUGGAGAGUCAGGCCCAGGGGGUAUUUGGAAGAUUGAAGCCCGCGGCGAUCCUCAGCAAGUUAGUACUAUACCGAACUGGUCACCCGUUGUAGACCUCGCCACCACCGAUACGAAUCUUUCAUGGGCAAGCGGUAGUGCACAUAAAGAGCCUUCGGCAAGGCGCAAAUCCUCUACAAACAUGAGACAGAAGGACCGUGUCUUUUGUACUUCCGGCCGAGGACCUCGGUCGAGUCUGACAGAGUUGAGAUGGGGAAUUCAGGCAAGAAUUGGUCUCGAAUUUGAUUACGAUCAGCCUGUUCUGCUAUCUUCGCAUGAUUCCCAAGCAUCGCGGCUAGAUGUUUUGCGAGUUGACCAGAUGAAUCUAUCGCAUGUAACUUCAUUUGAUGCCAAGGGGGAAGUAACAUGCUUGGGUCUCUUUAAGACAUCACUCAAGAUAUGUAUUGCGGUAGGCUCUGUUGGAGAUGGCAUGCCCUACUUAACAAUAUAUUCCUUGGAUGGUCGAGAGUUGUGCAGCAAGGCUCCGCAACCGCACCUUGAUACCACCGAGCAGCAAACUCUCUUCCAGGUGGAAGCAUUCACAAGUGUGCAUGCAAUCGCCGACACCUCCGACAAGACCAUUUUAUUGCUGGGCACCAGAACCGGUCACCUUGUGACUGUCCACCUUUCAGAAGAUGGUCUGGAGCAUAGCUCUUUCACAGUCGAGCAGAUCGGUUUGUCACCUACCAACGUAUUUGGGGCAUCUGGUCCAUUCGACGGAAGCCAUGCUGCCUUCGUUUGCUGCGACAACACCUUAUCAGUUAUGACCGGCUUUUCGGGAACGACCACCAAAUUUCACACCAAGAAUCAAAUCUUGGCAACCGACUCUAACGAGCAAUCAAUGCCAUCGCCACCCAUUCACUCUGCGUUUUGUCUCGAACAUAGCCUUUCUGGCUACCACCGGCACAUGUCUCUCAUGUUGCUAUCUGGGACGCGAAUUCUUCUCGUGGAUAUCUGGCCUCAUGUCGGCCCAGUCCCUCGCAGCAUCCCGCUGGAUGGAACACCAACGCGUGUUAUCUACUCUAAACAAUGGAAGGCAUUGGUGGUCGCACAUUUGAAAGAUGACCGCCCAACACUUUCUUUCAUCGAUCCGGACACAGGGGCCAACAUUUCAGCUGCGGCUAACAAAGACAGGCAGCCGUCUGAUUUCAUCUCGGGCUUAGGACAUCCAGGAGAUAGGAUCUUUGGGCUAUGCGAGUGGUUCUAUGUCAAAGAUGGAAAAACAUUUCCAUUCAUCAUUGUGACCACCCAGCAUGGUCGGUUGAUGAUUGUGUCUGUGAAGGCACAAGAAGUCGAGGGUGCCGAUGGACCAACGAGACAAUUACAAUACUGGACCAGGUACAAGAAGAAGGGCUUUACAGAGCCAAUUUAUGCGGUUGUUGGAGAUGCCGUGGGUCUUCUAUUCUGCGUUGGCAAGGUUCUACAUUGGGAAGUCCUUGAUCUCACAGAAAAGAAACUCAAACCGAUGAAGCAAAUCAAGUUGGACUCACCAGCUACGUCACUUCGGGUUGAAGGCAGCAAAGUCUGCGCAUUGACUGCGCAGCACUCUCUACAAGUUAUUGACCUUGAGGUGGGAUCAGAGGAAACUCAGGCGUCCGUCAUACACAGCGACCAGAUAACGCGGUACACAGGGCAUGCGAUCGAAAUGGGAGAUACUGAAGAACAACUGGGCAAGUGGCCUGUGAAUGUGAUAUCCACUUCGCAAGCUGGCCUUGCUGGAGUCUGGAUUCCUUGGGGCCAACGCAAUAAGGAAUUCGAGAUUGUUUUUGAAGGCACCUUGCCCACAUCAAUCAGAAGAUUCCGCAAGGGCCACACGCGGCCUUUCUGGCUGGAAGUCGAUCGUCAACGGCAGUACGAUACACUGUUUGGCACGACUGAUCAAGCCGAAGUUCUAGGCGUAUCCCUGGAUGGAUCACUUCAACAUUUCUCCCUCAUUGGGACGGACCUGUGGCGUUUCCUUCGACUGAUACAGAAUUUGGCAUAUCAUAAUCCGAACGUAUGCCCCUUUACACGCAACAAUCAGCCAUCAACAGGUAAUGGCAUGGAUCUCGAUUUGGAUCUAGAACUGGAGCCUCAACCUUACCCAGAUAUGAUGCACAUCGACGGUGACUUACUCAAACGUUGUUUUGACUUACGUGCACUGAAAAGCCUUGUGUCCAUUGGCGAUGGCAUCGACCUAUUUUGCGAGUAUCUGGACGGCAUCGAAGAAGGCAUACAUACAGAGGGUUUCCGGGACAGCGGUGCUGAGGGACAAGAGAAGUACAUUGAGCUGGGCUACAAGAUACUUGAGUAUGUUCUGGCCCCAGCAAUCUGA